CUCGUGGUCCCUUGGGUCAAAAGAAAUAGUCUCCAAACUGCAAACAGCUCUGAUUGGUGACUUGCCUUCUUCCCUCCCCAACCCCCUUCCUAAUUGAAAGCAAAUGUGCAAUAUAUUGGAUGCUGGGAUCCUUGGCGCAGGCCCAGGAAUCCUCAGAAUGUGAGGUCUCUCUCAAAGGCAUCUUGCAUCAGCCUGUGGAUGUAUGCCUACCACGGGGCUCCUUCACCGGCAAAGUGGAAAAAGAAGUGGUUCCCGAGAAAGUCUUCUGGGUUGGGGGAACCUAUUGGAUUAUAACCGUUUCCUUCUCUUCAAACCUGGGCGUCCCUGGACUGGAAGGAAAUCUACAAGCGACCUGACAUUUGGUGCUCUAGAGCAUUCUAAGGCUUGCUGCUUGACUUCUAAAGAAGCUGAAAUAAUUGAGGAGGAGCGGGGACCCUCUGUUUCCAAGGACUCUGUUCUGCAGAGAAUGUUCUGCACCCUCUGAUACUCCAGAUCCAACUCCGUCUUCUGAAAUGAUCCCGAUUCCCAGAAUGCCCCUGGUGCUGCUCCUGCUCUUGCUCAUCCUGGGUUCUGCAAAAGCUCAGGUUAAUCCAGCCAUAUGCCGCUAUCCUCUGGGCAUGUCAGGAGGCCACAUUCCAGAUGAGGACAUCACAGCCUCAAGUCAGUGGUCAGAAUCCACGGCUGCCAAAUAUGGGAGGCUGGACUCUGAAGAAGGAGAUGGAGCCUGGUGUCCUGAGAUUCCAGUGCAACCCGAUGACCUGAAGGAAUUUCUGCAGAUUGACUUGCGAACCCUACACUUUAUCACUCUUGUGGGGACCCAGGGGCGCCAUGCAGGGGGUCAUGGCAUUGAAUUUGCACCCAUGUACAAGAUCAACUACAGUCGGGAUGGCAGUCGCUGGAUCUCCUGGCGUAACCGGCAUGGGAAGCAGGUGCUUGAUGGAAACAGUAACCCUUAUGAUGUAUUCCUGAAGGACUUGGAGCCACCCAUCGUCGCCAGAUUUGUUCGCCUUAUCCCAGUCACUGACCACUCCAUGAACGUGUGCAUGAGGGUUGAGCUUUAUGGUUGUGUCUGGCUAGAUGGCUUGGUAUCCUACAAUGCUCCAGCUGGACAGCAGUUUGUACUCCCUGGAGGCUCCAUCAUUUAUCUGAAUGAUUCUGUCUAUGAUGGAGCUGUUGGGUACAGCAUGACUGAAGGGCUAGGCCAGUUGACUGAUGGAGUAUCCGGCCUGGAUGAUUUUACCCAGACCCAUGAAUACCACGUGUGGCCUGGCUAUGACUACGUGGGAUGGCGGAACGAAAGUGCUACCAACGGUUUCAUUGAGAUCAUGUUUGAAUUUGACCGAAUCAGGAAUUUUACUACCAUGAAGGUCCACUGCAACAACAUGUUUGCUAAAGGUGUGAAGAUUUUUAAGGAGGUCCAGUGCUACUUUCGCUCGGAAGCCAGCGAGUGGGAACCCACUGCUGUCUACUUUCCCCUGGUCCUGGACGAUGUGAACCCCAGUGCCCGGUUUGUCACGGUGCCCCUCCACCACCGAAUGGCCAGUGCCAUCAAGUGCCAAUACCAUUUUGCCGACACGUGGAUGAUGUUCAGCGAGAUCACUUUCCAAUCAGAUGCUGCAAUGUAUAACAACUCUGGAGCCCUUCCCACCUCUCCUAUGGCACCCACCACCUAUGAUCCCAUGCUUAAAGUUGAUGAUAGCAACACUCGGAUCCUGAUUGGUUGCUUGGUGGCCAUCAUCUUCAUCCUGCUGGCUAUCAUCGUCAUCAUCCUGUGGAGGCAGUUCUGGCAGAAGAUGCUAGAAAAGGCUUCACGGAGGAUGCUGGAUGAUGAAAUGACAGUCAGCCUUUCCCUGCCCAGCGAGUCCAGCAUGUUCAAUAACAACCGCUCCUCAUCACCAAGUGAACAGGAGUCCAACUCUACUUAUGAUCGAAUCUUCCCCCUUCGCCCUGACUACCAGGAGCCAUCCAGACUGAUCCGAAAGCUUCCAGAGUUUGCUCCAGGAGAGGAGGAGUCAGGGUGCAGUGGUGUUGUGAAGCCGGCCCAGCCCAAUGGACCUGAGGGCGUGCCCCACUAUGCAGAAGCCGACAUAGUGAAUCUCCAGGGAGUGACAGGUGGCAACACCUACUGUGUGCCUGCUGUAACCAUGGAUCUGCUAUCGGGGAAAGAUGUGGCUGUGGAAGAGUUCCCCAGGAAACUGUUGGCCUUCAAGGAGAAGCUGGGAGAAGGCCAGUUUGGGGAGGUUCAUCUCUGUGAAGUGGAGGGAAUGGAAAAAUUCAAAGACAAAGAUUUUGCACUAGAUGUCAGUGCCAACCAGCCUGUCCUGGUGGCCGUGAAAAUGCUCCGAGCAGAUGCCAACAAGAAUGCCAGGAAUGAUUUUCUUAAGGAGAUCAAGAUCAUGUCUCGGCUCAAGGACCCAAACAUCAUCCGUCUCUUAGCUGUGUGCAUCACUGAGGACCCGCUCUGCAUGAUCACGGAAUACAUGGAGAAUGGAGAUCUUAAUCAGUUUCUUUCUCGCCACGAGCCUCUGAGUUCCUGUUCUAGUGAUGCCACAGUCAGUUACGCCAACCUGAAGUUUAUGGCAACCCAGAUUGCCUCUGGUAUGAAGUACCUUUCGUCUCUCAACUUUGUCCACCGAGAUCUGGCCACACGAAACUGUUUAGUGGGCAAGAAUUACACCAUCAAGAUAGCUGAUUUUGGCAUGAGCAGAAACCUGUACAGUGGUGAUUACUACCGGAUCCAGGGCCGGGCGGUGCUCCCCAUUCGCUGGAUGUCCUGGGAAAGCAUCUUGCUGGGCAAAUUCACCACGGCAAGUGAUGUGUGGGCCUUUGGGGUGACUCUGUGGGAGACCUUCACCUUUUGCCAGGAGCAGCCCUAUUCCCAGCUGUCGGAUGAGCAGGUUAUCGAGAACACUGGAGAGUUCUUCCGAGACCAAGGGAGGCAGAUCUAUCUCCCUCAACCAGCCCUUUGCCCCGACUCUGUGUAUAAGCUGAUGCUCAGCUGCUGGAGAAGAGAAACCAAGCACCGGCCAUCCUUCCAGGAAAUACACCUCCUGCUUCUUCAGCAAGGAGCCGAGUGAUGAUGCAUCAGCACCUGGCAGUGUUCCUGUGGCCCAGAUCCUUCCCACAAGACCUACUGCUCACCCACAUCUAAGCCACUCCAGCUGGACAUUCAAUGGACCCGAGAGACAGAGAAUUAGUCACUCUGCCCUCUCUGUCCCUUGCCUCCUCCACUACACCUCCCUGCUCCCUACUAUUGACUCAUAUAUACUUUUUUACAUGAAAUAACUAAAAGAAGAAAAAAAAAUAUAGAGCAGAUAUUAGUAAAAGAAAUGUUACUUGAUAUACCAAAUGGUUAGAUAAUGAAGACUAGAAACUCAGAUAAUUUAUAAAGGUUAUGCUUCUGUUUAUAAGUGUGCAGAUCCUACAAUAUUUUUCCGUGUCACUUUCUGUAAAAUACCUUUAGAAAGAAAAACUUGAAGAAUAUGAAUGUCUUGAGAAACAUGAGAUUAGGCUUAAGGAAAAUACUUAGAGGUAAUGAAGAAUUGCAGGACUUGGCAUUCCACAACAAAUGGAUGAUUUUCUGAUUUGGACGUGACUCUCAGAUCUCUCUGUCUCUGUCUCUGUCUCUGUCUCUCUCCUCUCUCUCUCUCUCUCUCUCUCUCUCUCUCUCUCUCUCUCUCUCUCUCUCUCUCUCUCUCUCUCUCUCGUCAAAGUGAGUGGCAUGUACUUAAAAACCUCUAUCUUGUGUCUUGGAAUGAAUGUUUUCUUCAAUCAUGGCCAGAGAUCAGAGCCUACCCAUGAAACAGGGCAUAUGGAUAGAAAGAAAUGUCUGUUGUAAGGCUUGAAGUAGGACACAGAAAGGGAAAGAUUGCACAAGCUUCCCGGUAGACCAUGGUCAUAGGAAAGAAGGUCCUCGGAGGAUGACUCGCAAGUGUACUAUUUGUUGUUCAUCUGUGAGGGUCUUCACCUGUGUGUUCUAGUGACAACUUGACUUUACUCUGUAAAGCCUCAAGUUUUGAUAUUUUAAUGGUUGCUCCAUCAGUUCCUCUUGUCCAGUUCUAUAUCUUUCACUAUGUGAUGCCUUUGUGGGAUUUAUAGACUAGGGCUUCAACUUCUCAGGCACAAGUAUCCAAUGUCAUGUCCAAUAUACAAGAGAUAUGUUUAGAGUGUUUCCAAAAGUUUGGCCAAGACCCCUGGAAAAAGUUAUAGGAAGACUGAUUUCCACUUUUGGGAAAAUAUGGAAAUAGAACAUAUGCAGGUGGGGGUUUUCCCAGAGAUGGGGAAUCUCUCAUCUCCGAAAAGUUUCAGAUACUAGCUGAAGAACUCUGCAGGGAAGAGGUUGUUGACUACUGGGUAUAUAUGUAUGGGAUAAUAAAAGGAUGACCAUUUGGUGUUACUGAAAGUGCUUUUGCCAAAGAGAGGGUGGCCAGCGGCAAAGCAUGAAGUUCUUUUCUGGCUUUGGGAUUCACGAGAACUGAUGCAUGAUCAAGCAGGAGUCACCUUAGUGACUAACUUAGUGACCCUAAGUUUUCAUCCUUCACAGACUCUAAGAUUCAGCAGCAAUCUACACUACAAAACCCUUAAAUCCUAUAGAGGAAACCAAGCUGAGGUAAAAUAGUGGUGAUCUGCUUCUGUCUAUCCAGUCAGCUUGCUCCAUGGUCUCUUAGAAACCUGAGAGCUUCUUGGUUCAGCCUUCAGCAUGGCUACAGGACACAGCAGAUGUAUAACUCUAAGUCUUGACAUUAAUUUCAUAGAUCCCAUUCGCUCACAGCACAUUUACCUCCUCUCCCAUGGCUUUUCUACCAUUCUCAGCAAGACUAACUUCGAUCCCAGAGGUAGGAGAGAACAUUGGAUUGGGAACUCUGGCCCUGUGCUGCCUCAAGCCAAGUAUGUCAUUUUCCCAAGUCUUGCUUCUCUCUGAAUUUGUUUUCUUAUCUGUCUCAAAGGAAAACCGAAUCUAUGAUUUAGGAAUCUCUUGGAGUUUUGCUUUGUUUUGUGCUUGCUGGAGAACUAGAUUUGUGGUUGAUGUAGGUUCAGUUACUGCUCAGACAAUUGUGGCCAGUAAUAGUGAUCCCGAGAGACAUCAUUUAAGUAAGAGCAACACCUGCAUUAUAUCUGCUUUAGAGUGACCAGUGCUGCUUCACGUUAUCUCAUUUGAUAGUUCUAGGGCCAGACAUGUUUCUUUCACAACUCUUGACUAUAUACUCUUCAGGAUUCUGCCCCCAGUUCACUGUAUUCCUUUACAAAUGAAAUUUCCAGGACUUUGCUUUAUGGAACUAAUCUAUCCCAGAUGGCUAUCAAAUAUGUAUCUUCAUGUACAGGCACUUUGUUUUUGGUAUGAAGAAGGUUCCACCUUCUGGCACUGAAACCUUUGUAUUACAGACACAGGUUUAGUUUCUAGUUACACUAGUAGAGUUUAGCAGUACAGGUCUGAGUAGCCAACCAUGGUAGAAGGUAAAGACUUACUCUGUAGACAGGUAGCUCAAAUCUAAACUAGGGAAAUGAAGGUAGGUUUUGGAAAAGAAAGCAGAAACAGAUGAGAAACUGUGGGAUCUUGUUAUUUCCCCAAGUAACUCGUGAUCACGAUAUAUGUGAACCAUUUAUGUCAAGAUGUCCUUUAGACUAUCAUAUUUCAAUUUAUACCUUUAUUGAUGAAUGCAUACAUUAACCAGGUCCAUUUAUGUUUUUAUUAUUGGGGAUCAUACCCAGAACUCACAUUUGCUAGGCAUGGGUCCUGUCAUUGAUCUAUGUUCAAAUCUUGAUCUGGUGACCAGAUAAAUGUGUAACCAUGUCACAUAUGUGACCUGGAGUGGAAAUGAGUGCCCAGAGGAGAGCAUGCAUUGUUGGAGCUGUGGAAAGAUUGUCUGUGAACGCUCAAAACUGUAAUACAAAAGAGGGCUGUAUGCAAGUAUGUGAGUAGUGUUUUUUUUUUUUAAGUUGUUACAUGAAUGUGUGUGUGUGGCUGGAAGGAGAGGAUGGGUAGAAAAUAAGAAAGAAGGCACAGUGAAAAGAGGCAAGGAGAGGUUCUGGGGAAGAUAUGGGGUGAGGCAAGUCAAACGUGGUAGAGACAGGGUUGGCUGGAGGCCAUGAAGUCAACGCUGAUGCAUGCCAAGAGAUCUGAGAGAGGUUAGAAAAAGUGACUUGGGAAGAAUGGAGGGUAGGUAAAGGAGAAAUGCUGGGUGAAGGAGCCUGUCUUUAGUAAAUCGAUGUCAGGUACACCGUAGGUAAUGCAAGGGAUUUUUGUAGAGUUGAAGAAGGACAUGGUCUUCAUGGAUAUAGAAACAUGUGGCCACCAGAACCAUUAGGGAGUCACCUAUUCAUCUCAGGAAGUGGGUACAGAAGGCAUUUCGCUCUCCUGUGGGUUCUAGACCACAUGUAGGGUUGGUGACAAUGCUGUCUGCGCACUGGCCUUUGGUGUUCCAUGUGCUGUUGGGGCAUGAAGGUGUAUGAGCGUUUGGUAGUUACCAAAUACACUUUCAAUAAUGCUCAUCCUUCCAUGGUCUAAAAUGGCCACAGCAAACAUGGAAACAAUAGGUGUAAGUUAGACAAUACUAAGUUUCAUCUGAUCUUUGACAGAGGGGUGUGCCAUAUUGGAAACAUGUUUUCCACACAGGCACCCCACAAGAACAGUGUGAUGUGGGCGUAGACCAUGUGUUUUAAGUAAAGAGGAAAUCAGGGGGCGUGUCAGGAUGAAGGGAAUGUGGGAAGAUGUUCCGAAGACAUGCACUAGAAAACAGAACGGUGUCUGUUUUCGUCCAGUACUAAAUGAAAAGAAUUGCAAUACAUUGCUUAUUGCAAUUUUUAUCCUAAGUUGAAUCCAUGAGCCUGGUGCUUGCAGCAUAGUUUUUUUGUUUUGUUUUGAAGCCUAUGUCCUUGGGCACUGUGUGGGGCAAGGCCCUGAUGUUUUGGCAACAUGCAGAUUCUGGUCUCCUGGAAACCUUCAUAUUCUUUCAUAUUCUAGAAACAGAUGAAUGUCAUUGGCACUUGGUGAAUUAAUUAGAAUCCUGAGCUAAGAGGGAAGGAAGCUGGGUAGUGACGAAGGACUUGAGUAGGCUGGCAGGAAAGGACUGGGGAGGGACCAUUUAGUUGUCCCGUGUUUUUCAGAAAUUUCUCAUUUUGCAAUGAUCUGAGACUUGAAAGAAGUUACAAAAGAAUCAGCACCUUACCUUGGUUCUGUUUUCCACACACUGAAAAUAUUUCAGUCUAUUUUCAUCUAUUUGGACCAUUUUCAAAACUAAACCCUAGGCCCGGCUUGGCUUUCACCAGUUUUCCUACAUUGUAUUCAGUUGCUCACUGGAUACUUUUAGCCUUUGUUGGUUUGUAAUCUGGCUUUGGUGGCAUACAGGAUAAAGGAUUCUACCUAGAUAUUACUCUACAAAUGAGAGAAAACAUCAAACUGACAAGCUCUUUUAUCAGGGACCAGUACUCCAGCUGUUUGCUGAACCCACUUUCGAUUACAGCUCAUCAUUGCUGGACCCAGAACGGCCACAGCGUUACACGGGAGUCAUAUGUAAUGAUCAGCUCUGCUGUUUGGCCACCCAAACAAUCCAAGGACAACUUAAGAAAAGUAACAAUAUAAAAGGCUUCAAAGUGGAAGGGAAUUGUAAACAGAAGAACGGGACUUUUGUUGGUGACCAGAGGGGUCUAUGAUAAAGCGGUACUUUGGUCAAGAAUUAAGUGGUACUGAAUGGAGGUAGGGAUAGUUUGUGGCUAGACUAUGGCACAAAUAUAAACCCCUAAUGUGAGGUUAAAACACUGUCUUUGGAGGACCAGAGGAGCUUCAUUCGCCUAACUGUUCAUCCUUAAUUGUAAUAUCAGCUGCUAAGCUAAAUGCAAACACAUCAGCUCCCUGGGGAAAAGUUGAAACUCUCGUUUCUUGGACCAUUACUUUGGGUUUCCUGCUAGACAUUUUUAAGCUGCCUUGCUUAAGGGCUACAGGAUAACAACUGUCUGUGGCUUAUGAGAUUCCUAGCACACAAAUGAGUAGUUUGUGUAUGUUAUAUUUUUAAUGAAUAAAGAGUGGAAAAAUUAUGUAUCACAUGUGUUAAUUUGGGGAGAAGCGCUUUAUAACAGAGGGCUUACUCUCAAAGAGAACAAAGGAAAACGUGUUCUACAGACAGUGUAUACCUUUGACCUCUGAAAAAAGCUAUAUAGUUUCUCCUACAGACACCUUGCCAGUAACCUUACAGGUCUUAUAGGAGAGCAGAUCCAAGUUGCCAGGCUGAUCUGCAAGCACAAACAUUUGUCAAGGGAAAGCACAGGUCGUUACUUUCAGUACAAAAUGGUUCUUUGCUAUGGAUGGAUUCUCUUCUUCUUGCCCCAUGUCCUGUUCCCAAGGACCGACUUCCUGCAGCACUGUGGUGGACUCUUCUAUGAGGAGACAACAUCUGGGCCUUAUUCAAUAGCCUGUGGUGGGUAAUGUGUUUUGUCAAGAGCUAAACAGCAAAUGGAUUUAAUUUCUGCUUAACAUGGUCAUAGUCAUUCUGAAAUGGCUACAGAAAUAUUCUCUGUACUAGAAAAAGGAAUGGAACGUGGUGCCAAUUGUCUAUUUUCCUUUAUUUAUUCCCUGUAAGUCUGUCAGAUGAUAAAUUGUACAUAACAGUGAUUAAAGAGUCAUGCUACUGA